CAGCAGCAGCAGCAGCGCCUGCCCACCUGCUCCACAAAGCCCUCCUCUAUUGCGCGCAGCCUGCCUCUCGGACUGCGGCCAGAGGUGGCUUCGGGGACGGGAGGGAUCGAGCGAUCGUGCCCGCCUGCAACCUGCCUCGGGACUUUGAAGCGGGGGGUUUAUAAAGGGCGUUCAAUUCCCUCUUGCCCGCCCCUGGGGUUAAGCCGGAGGAACCGUCGGGAUGGAUUACGCGCGGAUGAUCCUCCUUCCCCUGCUUUUUGUGAUCAGCCAGGGAGCUCAACACGCCGACGCGGCGGUCGGUGCCUGGGUGGGAGCCACCAAGCAGCCCGCGAGCGCCCCCUCACCGCCACGCAGGGUGAAGCGUUGCUCCUGUUAUUCCCUGAUGGACAAAGAGUGCAUCUAUUUCUGCCACCUGGACAUCAUCUGGAUUAACACCCCGGAGCGGAUUGUGCCAUAUGGGCUUGGAAGCCUUUCUCGAACCAGACGGUCUGUAAAAGACUUACCACUUGACACACUUCAGCCAUCUCACAGCAGAUGCCACUGUGCUAGCCUGAACGACAAGAAGUGUAUGAACUUUUGUCAGUCAAGAACAGAGCACAGAUCUCAGUCCACUACAGAGAAGGAAUGGAAACAUCUGUUUAAAGGGAGGGAUUGCAAAGGACUUGGACUGAAGUGUACAUUUCAUCAACUGACUGAAAGCAAGAAAAUGAAGAGGUUGGAUACUCUUCGAAACAGUAUCAAAGCUUCUUCCAAUAUUGCCAAACUGCUAAGCAAGCUGCACAAACCAAGGAAGCUGAAGCAUAACCGGACAUACGAAAAACAAAACAUCUGGCAAAGUUUGAAAAUGACAUCGUAGUGGAAAGAUCACCAGGCCUAAUCCUCAAGUCACCACGACUUUCUAACAAACCUUUGCUGAGGCUUUUGUUUUGGCUUCUUCACAUUCUACUUCAGGAAAAGAUCAAGGAAAGUUGAUCUAAAUAUUAACUCUCUAAACAAGUAAAGGAGAGCCCACAUAAAUAUUCCAUUCAGACUGAUGACAACGCAGAUAAAGACUUAUUGGAAUUCAGUGGAUCAAAGAAGAUCUCAACAGUUUCCUUUAAAGACUGUCAAAUGAAGAAUGGACAUGUUUGGAUCCCAGCUCCAAAAAGAGAGUAACAUUUAAAGCAGGGGUGUCAAACUGGCGGCCCAUGGCCCAGAUGCGUCAUGCACAGGCCACACCUACCCCAGCUCCACAAAUAGAAAAACGUCACAAAAUAUCACGUGACAGCAACGAGUUUGUCACCUGUGAUUUAAAGCAUCACCUCCUUUGAUUUAUCAGGGUUCAGCCACGGUAUAACCCAAAGCCAGUUCAAAAAUGGAAAGAUCAAGAUUUGAAAGAGAAGAUGCCUUAGUUCUGAUCUUGAUUAAAGGCCAAAUAACUUUGCUAUUCUGAUUGAGGCACAUAUUCUAAAUUACAGGUCUACCUCAUAUGCUCUGAGUUGCACUCUUGCCAAACUAAUAUUUCAGCUAUUUUAAUGAGGUUUGAGUGUUGGCUUCAACCUCUUACCUUUAACCAUGAUUGCUUAUAGUUUAGUUAAUUUAGCUUUAGACUUUCAGGAUUGCAGAUUACGUUUGUCUACAAUCUGGUGGUAAGAGAAUGAAAUAAAUUGCCCCCAUCCCAAAGAUGCAAUGUCGUCUGAGAAAAUGGAUCUCACUGUUUUUCAGUGGAUCAUGUUUUUAAAAGAGUGUUAUUAGAAUUGGAGUGAUAAAGGAUUGUUAAAUACCUGAAGUUCAGUAUAUAUGAAAACAUCAAAAUUUAGUGCCACUGAAUGAAAUAUGAACUGAAUGAUCAAAGUUGUACGAAGAGGUUGUGCUGUUUAGCUUCGCUCUCUAUAAAUAAAAUCUGACGGCAAAGCUAGUUUAAAACUAAGAUGAAAGGCUUAUCCUAAGCAAACAUGAAUAGCAAUGGAUUUAUCUAUAUGAUAAAUUUUCUGUAUAAUAUUUCUGGAUCAUAUUUUGUAUGAUGUGUUCUUUACCGUUAUAUUUAUAUUCAGGCAAUUGUCAAUUAUAUUUACUAUGUUGAACUUAUAUUAAAACAGGCCAUAUUGGUCUAUAUGUU